AUGGCGGACACGGACGUCUGGUCGCGCGAGAACGGCGUGGGCCAGAAGAAGCGCCGCGAGACGCUGUCGGGAGGCGAUGUCGCACUUAAGAAGAUCAAACUGGAGCACCGGACGCCGGUCGAGGCCAACCCGAAUACGAUUGAAGCUGUGCGCGAGAAGAAUAGGGCGAUGGACAUUGACAUGAAAGAGAAGAACCGCCGGAUCACGUACUUGACCCAGAAAUGCGAGACGCUGUACCGCUCGCGAGAGCUCACGAGCGCGUCAUUCCGCUGCAUGAGGAGGCAGUGGCUCCAGCUCCAGGACGAGCUCUUGGCUACAUUACAAACCGUCGAUCCUUCUGCCGUGUGUGAGGAGACGUCGAGAGAGGCCUGGCUGGCAGUGUUAGAAGCGGUGGAUGACUUUGGACAGGUCCGUGUUCGUGCAGACGAGCUCACGCUAGAUUUGCCCGAGUGGUUUAGUAUUGUAGCGAAAGAUGCCGAGACAGAGGAACCGGACGCUGAUGUCUUAUUGCCAAUGGAAGACAUUGCCCAUGACGGCGCGUCCUUGAUUAAACCACACGAUCGACUGAACAUGGAGACCAAAGUGCACGCACAGCUUGAGCACAAGAGUGGAAAGAUGAAGGAGUUGUUACAAAAGCUGCUCGCAGUGGCGGGAAGUUGCGCCGAAAACAAGGCAAAAUGCAUUGAGUAUGCUCAUAUUGUACAAGCGAAACAAGCUGCGGUCGCGGAAACGCUCGAUCUCAAGGGCCAGCUACAGGCGUGCAAAACGCGAAUAUAUGAACUAGAACGUGAUGUCGAGAGCAAGGAAAGUGAGCGUCAUCAAGCUUGUCGAGAGUACGACCGUCUGAGUGCAUACGUUGAGCAACGGGGUGAUGUGAAAACAGAAGAUGCUGUUGCGGGUGAUAUAAAAAGCAAAGAGGUUGCAGAGACUGAGCAAUCUGGCGCCACAGCUACGUCGGGAUCACCGAACGCUGAGACAGUGCAACAGGAAGCUUUUGCGAAAAAAGAGAUCGAGCACGCCAAAGUCGUUGCAACCAUGAAGGAGAAUAUGGGGAUUUUGACCACGAAGCUGUACCAAGAGCGUCAGAAACUGGAACUAAUGCGACAGGAGCUGGAAAAGUUCAAGGCAAUGGAAUUGGCGUGGAAAAACGACGAGGCUGCUUUACUUAAAACACAUAACGAAACAAUCAAGCAGCUUCAAGACGAGAAAGCGCACGUCGACGUAGAGUACAACGAGCUCUUGCAGAAAUCUAAGGACUUGGAGCAUCACAUGACGGAGAAAUGGGAAAAGAAAGUAACAAAAAUUCAGGAGGAAAUGAGUCGAACAAAGUCGCAAAUGGAUGAGUUAAAUCUGAAGAAUGUAUCUCUUCGAGAGAAGAUCUCCAACGCAUCGACCUACAGAGAUCAGCUAUCGGAAGUAAAGCCAGAAUUGGAGUCAUGCAAGCGUGAAAACGCUAAGUUGAAAGCACAAAUCGAGCGCGAGCGAAGCAGGGCAGAUCGAGCGCAAGAGUCGGCAGACAACCGCGAAAUCGAGGCGCUGACGCAAAAGGUGUCUCUAUUGACGAAGGAGAAACUGGAUUUGCAAGAAACGUGCGACAUGCUGAAAAAGGCUGAAGCGAAAAGUGCGGACGAAAAGCUGUCAGACGUUCUCAAGCAAUUACUGGAGGUGGAGAAGAAGCUCGAAAAAGAGAGGCAAGAGCACUACACAUGCAAUACGGAUCGAGGGUUGAUACGUGCUGAGCUGGAGGAUUUGAAGACUUCUGGUGAAGCGUCGCGAGAAGAAAACGAUGCUUUGCUGUUGGAGAUUGACACGAUGUCAAAAGAAGUGACUUCGUUGCGCCACGGUCGGAAGAAGUAUAUUCAGCAGAUCGAAGAAAAGCGCAAGGCCAAUAAGAAGCUUCACACGUUGCUUGCAAGAGAGGAGCAAGCCAAAUCACACUGCUUUGAAGAAUUGGCUGCUGUCAGGCUGCAGGUCUCGUCUCUGAGCACCGUGCACAAGCAUCAGAAGACUUUCAUCGAGUCAUCUAAGGAGUCCUUGCAAGCGAAGGAGGUGGAGCUCGAAAAGAUGAAGGAGUACGUUGAGACGCUCGAAACAGAGCGCGAGGCUACUGAUGCUGAGAAGCGCAAGGUGUUGCGAGAUGCCGAAGUCGCAAAGAAGGUUUGCGAGGCGGCAGAAAGGUCGCAGCGUGAGCACCAGCUGCUGCAGGAAAGACAGAGGUCAUGUGAGCACUGCGCGAAACUCCGCAAGAGGAUCGAGGACGUUGAACGGGAGCUGCACAAUUUGAAGUCGGCAACAUGUACGGGCGAGCUCACGGACCUCGAGCGGUUUGAGCUCCGCGACUUGCAGAAGCUCGUGAACUGUUCCGUCUGCCAGGAUCGGCGCAAGGACGUGAUUAUCUCCAAGUGUUUCCACAUGUUCUGCAAGGAGUGCAUUGACACGAAUCUCAAGGCGCGCAACCGCAAGUGCCCCACGUGCAAAAAGAUGUUUGGGCAGGACGACGUUAAGACCGUAUGGUUCACGUAA